AUGAGCUCCACCGGCGGAAGCGGCGGCCGCGGGAAGGCCAAGGCGACCAAGUCGGUGUCGCGCUCCUCCAAGGCCGGGCUCCAGUUCCCCGUCGGCCGCAUCGCGCGCUACCUCAAGGCCGGCAAGUACGCCGAGCGCGUCGGCGCCGGCGCCCCCGUCUACCUCUCCGCCGUCCUCGAGUACCUCGCCGCCGAGGUGCUGGAGCUGGCCGGGAACGCGGCGCGGGACAACAAGAAGACCCGGAUCCUGCCGCGGCACAUCCAGCUGGCGGUGCGGAACGACGAGGAGCUGAGCAAGCUGCUGGGCACCGUGACCAUCGCCAACGGCGGCGUGCUGCCCAACAUCAACCAGGUGCUGCUCCCCAAGAAGGCCGGCGGCAAGGUGGACAUCAACUCGGCCUCCCAGGAGUUCUGA